UUUUCAACAGAGAAGAGAGAAGUCACUGAGUAUUCUGGGUAAUUCCUCGUGGAAGAAGAGAAAUUGGACAUUCAGCUUUUCAAUUCAACCACCCUAAAAUAUUACUUGCUCUGAGAGAAGAGACCAGUGGCUACGUUGAAAGGAAGCCACCGCCUGGCUGCUGCCUUCUCUCAGCCGCGGCCACAGGAGGGAUGGCGUUUUUAAGCAGGAUGAAUUGCUGUCGAGUCGCUGCUCUUCUGCACCCAGAGCCAUCGAUCUUGUCUUGAAUGCUGGGCCUGCCAGUCUCUGCCUGCUUGGGCUCAUCUUUCUGGGGCAGACUUAUUUACGGAGCUGCGGCAAAGUUCACAUUUGAGUUGGACUCAGCUGACUUUCAGCUUCUCCUCUCUCCUGGCCUAUCCCUCCAGGGACCCUCCCAUGAAGACUGAGGCAGACGCAGCUGCUGAGAAGAGCCUGCAGACAUGACAUCGGCCACGGAGUUUGAAAACGUGGGCAACCAGCCACCGUACAGCCGGAUCAAUGCCCGCUGGGAUGCCCCGGACGACGAGCUGGAUAAUGACAACAGCUCAGCCAGGCUCUUUGAGAGAUCCCGGAUCAAGGCCUUGGCAGAUGAGCGAGAAGUUGUUCAGAAAAAGACCUUCACGAAAUGGGUGAAUUCCCACCUGGCCCGAGUGUCCUGCCGCAUCACAGACCUCUACAAGGACCUGCGGGACGGGCGGAUGCUCAUCAAGCUGCUGGAGGUGCUCUCUGGGGAGAUCCUGCCAAAGCCCACCAAGGGGAAGAUGCGCAUCCACUGCCUGGAGAACGUGGACAAGGCCCUGCAGUUCCUCAAGGAGCAGCGCGUGCAUCUGGAAAACAUGGGCUCCCAUGACAUCGUGGACGGCAACCACCGCCUGGUCCUGGGUCUCAUCUGGACCAUCAUCCUCCGCUUCCAGAUUCAGGACAUUGUUGUUGAAACUCAGGAAGGCCGUGAGACUCGCUCAGCCAAGGACGCAUUGCUGUUAUGGUGUCAGAUGAAGACGGCAGGCUACCCCAAUGUCAAUGUCACCAACUUCACCUCCAGCUGGAAGGAUGGCCUGGCCUUUAACGCUCUGAUUCACAAGCACCGACCUGACCUGAUUAACUUUGAUAAGCUGAAGGACUCCAAUGCCCGCCACAACCUGGAGCACGCAUUUGAUGUGGCUGAGCGCCAGCUGGGCAUCAUCCCUCUCCUCGACCCCGAAGAUGUCUUUACAGAGAACCCUGAUGAGAAGUCCAUCAUCACCUACGUAGUGGCAUUUUACCACUACUUUUCCAAGAUGAAGGUGCUGGCUGUGGAGGGCAAGCGUGUCGGCAAGGUCAUUGACCAUGCCAUUGAGACUGAGAAGAUGAUCGAAAAGUACAGUGGGCUGGCUUCAGACCUGCUCACCUGGAUCGAGCAGACCAUCACCGUCCUGAACAGCCACAAGUUUGCCAACUCACUGGCUGGCGUCCAGCAGCAGCUCCAGGCCUUCAGCACCUACCGCACUGUGGAGAAGCCACCCAAGUUUCAGGAGAAGGGGAACCUGGAAGUCCUGCUUUUCACUAUCCAGUCCCGGAUGAGGGCCAACAAUCAGAAAGUAUACACGCCCCACGACGGGAAGCUGGUGUCUGACAUCAACCGGGCCUGGGAAAGCUUAGAGGAGGCUGAGUACCGGCGGGAACUGGCGCUGAGGAACGAGCUGAUCCGGCAGGAGAAGCUGGAGCAGCUGGCCCGGCGCUUUGACCGGAAGGCCGCAAUGAGAGAGACCUGGCUCAGUGAAAACCAGCGCCUCGUCGCCCAGGAUAACUUUGGGUAUGACCUGGCAGCCGUGGAGGCCGCUAAGAAGAAGCAUGAGGCCAUCGAGACGGACACGGCUGCCUACGAGGAGCGGGUGAGGGCUCUGGAGGACCUGGCCCAGGAGCUGGAGAAGGAGAAUUACCAUGACCAGAAGCGCAUCACAGCCCGCAGGGACAAUAUCCUGCGCCUGUGGAGCUACCUGCAGGAGCUGCUUCGGGCCCGGCGCCAGAGGCUGGAGACCACCCUGGCCCUGCAGAAGCUCUUCCAGGACAUGCUGCACAGCAUCGACUGGAUGGACGAGAUCAAGGCUCACCUCUUGUCUGCUGAGUUUGGGAAGCACUUGUUGGAGGUCGAAGACUUGCUACAGAAGCACAAGUUGAUGGAGGCCGACAUCGCCAUCCAAGGGGACAAAGUGAAGGCUAUCACCAGAGCUACCCUGCAAUUCACUGAGGGGAAAGGGUACCAGCCUUGUGACCCCCAGGUCAUCCAGGACCGCAUCAGCCACCUGCAGCAGUGUUUCGAGGAGCUGAGCAACAUGGCAGCUGGGCGUAAGGCCCAGCUAGAGCAGUCCAAGCGGCUCUGGAAGUUCUUCUGGGAGAUGGAUGAGGCUGAGAGCUGGAUCAAGGAGAAGGAGCAGAUCUAUUCCUCCCUGGACUAUGGCAAGGACCUGACCAGUGUGCUCAUCCUGCAGCGCAAGCACAAGGCCUUUGAGGAUGAACUCCGUGGGCUAGGCACCCACCUGGAGCACAUCUUCCAGGAAGCUGAGGCCAUGGUUGCACGCAAGCAAUUUGGGCACCCACAGAUCAAAGCCCGCAUCACGGAGGUGUCAGCUCAGUGGGACCAACUGAAGGAGCUGGCUGCCUUUCGCAAGAAGAAUCUCCAGGAUGCUGAGAACUUCUUCCAGUUCCAGGGCGAUGCGGAUGACCUGAAGGCCUGGCUGCAGGAUGCCCACCGGCUGCUCUCAGGGGAAGAUGUAGGGCAGGACGAAGGGGCCACCCGGGCCCUGGGGAAAAAGCACAAGGACUUCCUGGAGGAGCUGGAGGAGAGCCAUGGGGUGAUGGAGCAUCUGAAGCAGCAGGCCCAGGGCUUCCCCGAAGAGUUUCGGGAUUCCCCAGAUGUGACCAACAGGCUGCAGGCCCUCCAGGAGCUCUAUCAGCAGGUGGUGACCCAGGCGGACCUGCGUCGACAGAGACUGCAGGAUGCCCUGGACCUGUACACGGUGUUUGGGGAGACCGAUGCCUGUGAGCUGUGGAUGGGCGAGAAGGAGAAGUGGCUGGCCCAAAUGGAAAUCCCAGACACCCUGGAGGACCUGGAGGUCGUGCAGCACAGGUUCGACAUCCUGGACCAAGAGAUGAAGACUUUGAUGGCUCAGAUUGAUGGUGUGAACCUCGCUGCCAAUAGCCUGGUAGAGAGCGGCCACCCACGCAGUGGGGAAGUGAAGCAGUAUCAGGACCACCUGAACACCAGGUGGCAGGCCUUCCAGACCAUGGUGUCGGCCCGGCGAGAGGCAGUGGACUCGGCCCUCCGCGUGCACAACUACUGUGUGGACUGUGAGGAGACCAGCAAGUGGAUCACGGACAAGACGAAGGUGGUGGAGUCCACAAAGGACCUGGGGCGGGACCUGGCAGGUGUCAUUGCCAUCCAGCGGAAGCUGUCGGGGCUGGAGCGUGAUGUGGCUGCCAUCCAGGCCCGUGUGGGUGCCCUGGAGCGUGAGUCGCAGCAGCUAAUGGAGUCACACCCCGAGCUGAAGGAGGACAUUGGCCAGCGGCAGGCCUACGUGGAGGAGCUGUGGCAGGGCCUGCAGCAGGCCCUGCAGGACCAGGAGGCCUCCCUGGGGGAAGCCAGCCAGCUGCAGGCCUUCCUGCAGGAUCUGGAUGACUUCCAGGCCUGGCUGUCCAUGGCCCAAAAGGCUGUGGCCUCCGAGGACACUCCUGAGUCGCUCCCGGAGGCUGAGCAGCUCCUGCAGCAGCAUGCAGCCAUCAAGGAUGACAUUGACAGGCACCAGGAGAGCUACCAGCGCGUCAGAGAGUCUGGGGAGAAGGUGAUCCAAGGCCAGACUGAUCCGGAGUACCUGCUUCUGGGCCAGCGGCUAGAGGGCCUGGACUCCGGCUGGGAUGCCCUGCGCCGGAUGUGGGAGAGCCGUGGCCACUCCCUUGCGCAGUGCCUGGGCUUCCAGGAGUUCCAGAAGGAUGCCAAGCAGGCUGAAACCAUCCUUAGCAACCAGGAGUACACUCUGGCCCACUUGGAGCCGCCAGACUCCCUGGAAGCCGCAGAGGCUGGGAUCCGGAAGUUCGAGGACUUCUUGGUGUCCAUGAAGAACAACCGGGACAAGGUCUUGAGUCCUGUGGACUCUGGAAACAAGCUUGUAGCUGAGGGAAACCUGUACUCAGACAAGAUUAGGGAAAAAGUACAGCAGAUUGAGGACAGGUACAGGAAGAACAGCGACAAGGCCCAGGAGGCCUCAGUUCUUCUGAGAGACAACCUGGAGCUGCAAAACUUCCUCCAGAACUGCCAGGAGCUCACUCUCUGGAUCAAUGACAAGCUGCUGACAUCCCAAGAUGUCUCCUAUGAUGAGGCACGAAACCUUCACAACAUAUGGUUGAAGCACCAGGCCUUUGUAGCAGAGCUGACUUCCCAUCAAGGGUGGCUUGAGAACAUUGAUGCUGAAGGAAAGCAGCUGAUGGAGGAGAAGCCCCAGUAUGCAGCCCUGGUGUCACAGAGGCUGGACACCCUGCACCGGCUCUGGGACGAACUGCAGGCCACCACGAAGGAGACAGCCCAGCACCUCUCGGCCGCCAGGAGCUCCGACCUACGCUUACAGACACAUGCUGACCUCAACAAGUGGAUCAGUGCCAUGGAGGAACAGCUGCGGUCAGACGACCCAGGCAAAGACCUGACCAGCGUCAAUCGCAUGUUGGCUAAACUGAAGCGAGUGGAGGACCAAGUGAAUGUGCGGAAGGAGGAGCUGGGAGAGCUGCUUGCCCAGGUGCCCUCAGGAGAAGAAGAGGCGGGAGUCACAGACUUGAGCAUCGAGAAGCAGUUCCUGGACCUCCUAGAACCCCUGGGGAGGAGGAAAAAGCAGCUGGAAUCGUCGAGAGCCAAGCUGCAGAUCAGCCGGGACUUAGACGAUGAGACGCUCUGGGUGGAGGAGAGGCUGCCCCUGGCCCAGUCAGCUGACUAUGGUGCUAAUCUGCAAGCUGUGCAGUUGUUCAUGAAGAAGAACCAGACCCUGCAGAAUGAGAUCCUAGGCCAUGCGCCGCGGGUGGAGGACGUGCUACAGAGAGGGCAGCAGCUGGUGCAAGCGGCGGAGAUCGACUGCCAGGACCUGGAGGAGCGCCUGGGUUGCCUGCAGAACUCGUGGGACAGGCUGCGGGAGGCAGUGGCCGGGCGGCUGCAGCGCCUGCGAGAUGCCAAUGAGGCCCAGCAGUACUACCUGGACGCAGGCGAGGCUGAGGCCUGGAUCGGGGAGCAGGAGCUCUACUUCAUUGAUGAGACCCCUGAGGAUGAAGAGGGUGCCAUCGUGAUGCUGAAGCGGCACCUACGGCAGCAGCAUGCAGUGGAGGAGUACGGGAGGAGCAUGAAGCAGCUGGCCGGCCGUGCCCAGGUCCUGCUGGCCGCCGGUCACCCCGAGGGGGAGCAGAUAAUCAGACUUCAGGGGCAAGUGGACAAGCAGUAUGCAGGGCUGAAGGACAGAGCAGAAGAGCGCAAGAGGAAGCUGGAGAACAAGUACCACCAGUUCCAGGUGAAGAGGGAGGUCGACGACCUGGAGCAGUGGAUUUUGGAGAAGGAGCUGGUGGCCUCUUCCCCAGAACUGGGGCAAGACUUUGACCAUGUUACUCUGCUCCGGGACAAGUUCCGGGACUUUGCCCGGGAGACGGGGGCGAUUGGGCAAGAGCGGGUGGACAACGUGAAUGCCGUCAUCGAGCGGCUCAUUGACGCCGGCCACGAUGAGGCCGCCACCCUCGCAGAGUGGAAGGAUGGGCUGAAUGAGAUGUGGGCAGACCUACUGGAGCUCAUCGACACUCGCAUGCAGCUGCUGGCUGCCUCCUACGACCGGCACCGCUACUUCUAUACGGGCGCCGAGAUCCUGGGCCUGAUCGAUGAGAAGCACCGCGAGCUGCCUGAGGACGUGGGCCUGGACGCCAGCACGGCCGAGUCUUUCCACCGGGUGCACACAGCCUUUGAGCGCGAGCUCCACUUGCUAGGCGUACAGGUACAGCAGUUCCAGGACGUGGCCACACGCCUGCAGACAGCGUAUGCUGGGGAGAAGGCAGAAGCCAUCCAGGACAAGGAGCGGGAAGUGUCAGCCGCAUGGCAGGCUCUGCUCGAUGCCUGUGCCGGGCGCCGCACCCAGCUAGUGGACACGGCAGACAAAUUCCGCUUCUUCAGCAUGGCCCGCGACCUCCUCUCCUGGAUGGAGAGCAUCAUCCGGCAGAUUGAGACCCAGGAGAGGCCCAGGGAUGUCUCCUCGGUGGAACUCCUCAUGAAGUAUCACCAGGGCAUCAAUGCAGAGAUUGAAACCCGGAGCAAAAACUUCAGUGCCUGCCUAGAGCUCGGCGAGUCCUUGUUGCAGCGACAGCACCAGGCCUCAGAGGAGAUCAGGGAGAAACUGCAGCAGGUGGUGUCCCGGAGGAAGGAGAUGAAUGAGAAGUGGGAGGCCCGCAGAGAACGGCUCCACAUGCUGCUGGAGGUGUGUCAGUUCUCGAGAGACGCAUCCGUGGCCGAGGCAUGGCUGAUUGCCCAGGAGCCCUACCUGGCCAGUAGGGACUUUGGACACACGGUGGAUAGUGUAGAAAAGCUCAUCAAGAGGCAUGAGGCUUUCGAGAAGUCCACGGCCAGCUGGGCAGAGCGCUUUGCUGCCCUGGAGAAGCCCACCACGCUUGAGCUUAAAGAACGCCAGACCCCAGAGAGACCCACGGAGGAGGCUGGGCCUCAAGAGGAGGAGGGCGAGACAGCAGGGGAGGCUCCCCGAGUUCACCGCGCAGCCACUGAGAGAACGUCCCCGCAGGGGGAAGAGGGGCAGUGGCCUCAGGAUCUGCAGCCGCCACCCCCACCAGGGCAGCACCAGGGCAGGCAGGAGACGUCCGGUGGGGACGAGAGGCUCGGCACAGAGCCCCUAUUUAAGGUCCUGGACACGCCUCUGAGCGAGGGCGACGAGCCCACAACGCUGCCAGCCCAGCGGGACCACGGGCACAGCGUGCAGAUGGAGGGCUACCUGGGCCGCAAGCAUGACCUAGAGGGGCCCAACAAGAAAGCAUCCAACAGGUCAUGGAACCAUCUCUACUGCGUGCUGAGGAACAGCGAGCUGACCUUCUACAAGGAUGCCAAGAACCUGGCCCUGGGGAUGCCCUACCAUGGGGAGGAACCUCUGGCCCUGAGACAUGCCAUCUGUGAGAUUGCAGCCAACUACAAGAAGAAGAAGCACGUCUUCAAGCUGAGGCUGAGUAAUGGCAGCGAGUGGCUAUUCCAUGGCAAGGAUGAGGAGGAGAUGCUGUCCUGGCUACAGGGCGUGAGCACCGCUAUCAACGAGUCCCAGAGCAUCCGUGUCAAGGCGCAGAGCCUGCCCCUGCCCUCCCUGUCUGGCUUUGGCAAAAAGGACAAGGAGAAGAGAUUCAGUUUCUUCCCUAAAAAGAAGUAACAGCUGGCAGGUGGGCGCAAUGGAGCGUUGGGACGUGUAGGGACCCUGGGCCUCUGCCAGUCCUGUCCUCCUGCCCGCUUGCCCUGGGCCAAGUCACCAGCCGGACCCUCGCUGUACUUGAGCCAGUCGGAGGUGUCUGGGGGCAGGAAACGUUCUGAGGCACGUGCCCUCCUCCCCCCUGCGCCCUGGAGAAGUUGGAGAAAGGGGCUAAUGGGGUUCUUCAAAUGCUGCCCAUCCCCAAAGCAAGUCUGGCUUGGGGUCACAGCCAGGGAAAGGGACAAGGACACUGGAAGCUCCUGGCCUGCCCACUAGGGAGUGAGGAAAGAGCCUUUGGGUGGGCCACUUUGGGGACAAGACCACAUGCAGGGCCCUUGAGGCUGCCAGCCUCCUCUGCCCUGGGCUUCUUCAGAACUGGGCCUCUCACCUCAGGGGCCAACCGGUCCCUUCCCCUGUCCUCCUCUCACCAUAAAGGAGAGCCUCCAGGGUCAGUGGAUCCUGACUAAAGGUACCUUCUGCCACCUACAGCACCGUUUGCUCCCACUGCAGGAGGCAGGUGAAGUAAGGACGGGCAAGCCACCACUCCUCUAAACCAUCCACCAGGGUUAGAGGUUGGGGCUCAGGGCCCAGACUUGAGGAGUGAAACAGGUCUCACACUGCCGAAGUCUCUGCCUUUCCAUGCUGGGACCCUAGCAGCCAAACCAGCAAUACCUGACACAGGGAGACAGUGUAGACCCCUGAGACAGGAUGCACAGCUCAGAACCUGGACUCAUGCAUCCAGAAUCAAACGCCAGACUGUGUGUUGUCUGCAGCUGCUACCAUCCCAGAGUAUUGAUUGGACAGGCAGCAGAGUAGAUCCCCUAUCACCUUGGGGUGGCAAAUGUGGCCAUGCCUAGGCAUUACCAUCCAUUUGACGUUAACUAGCCCCAGGCAGCUGGCUUCUCCUGAAGGUCCUGGCUUUCGGGUUGGGGGUGGGGUGGGGGAAUCACAUGAGUACAGAGGUCAAACAUCUAACACCUCCCAUCCCCAAGCUCCAGAAGGGGCUCUGUUGCAAUCUACAUCCCGGGGAUGGCCUUCCCCACCUUCCUUACGCUGCCAGGGUCAGGCUUCAGGAGACAAUUUGUUCCACAGGCAUUUCCCUCUCCACUCUGCUCUGAAAGCAACACAGCUCCAGCCCGGCAUACCAACUGCGUUUUGGCUCAGAAUCAUUGGGCCUUCUCGGGAACACUUAGGGCUGAUUGGUGCAGGCCCAGUUGAGAGAUCCUUGUUGCCCUGCAGGCCAGAUGCUAUAUUAGGGUGAAGCCAACUUCAGCAGACAGGAGGGAAGACUCAGCCCAUGCAGCCUGACAACUUCAUUUGACCCCACAGCCCUCUGCUUCUACAGGGAACCUGUAUUAGUUCACCAUCCUCUUUCUGCAACUGGAGAAACUAAGGCAGUGCAGUGACCACACUCACCUAGCAAUAAAGGAGGCCUUUGGUGCUUUUGAGGGCAUGUCCUUCUCUGGGGCAGAGAGCAGGUUCCUUGCUAAAGGGCAGAUGAUGACAGGCACCUCCCUCAACUGUUUCCCUGAGCUAGUCCUUAGGAAAUUAAGGGACAAGGGUCCACCCCACACCCCACAGCAUGUGCCAAAGUAGCACUUGAAGUAAGAAAUUUUUAGCAAGCCACUUCACUGACCUAAGAAAGGACUCCAAUGGAAGAGCUAGGAUUCCACAACCCCAGGUCCCCCAGAUGGGGCAAAGGCAGCCAGCUGCAUGUGACCACCAUCGAUUGCCAGCUCCCCAUGCACCCCUCCCAUCUCACUCACCUAGGCCCCAAGACACUCAAUUAACUGGACUUUGGGAGACCCUGUGCCACACCAGGCCUAAGCUCUCCUGCAGCCCUGGCCAGGUUUCUUUGUUUUUACUUGUUCUUCUUUGCAGUCUUUGCCUUGAUGUUACUCCCAAACUAGGCCGAUACAGCUCCGGUCCACACCAGCAUACAGGCUUCCUCCCCAGGGCAGUUCAGAGGAAGCUCCUUCUGGGCAUGGCCAGGCAGUCCUCCUUCCCUUUCUCCUUCCCCUGUGUCCCUGGGCCUCAGCUGACUGGCUGAGGGAGGUAUGGAGGUCCCUGGGCUCCCCCACACAUACACCUGCACUGGUACCCACAGAGGCAGGCCUGUGGAGGCUCCACUUUAUCAGUCCUUCCUGCCUACUGGGGACAACCAGGGUUCUUUAGGCUGGGCUGGGCUCCCCUUCCUCCCUCAGUGGAAGGGGGCAGAAAUCCAGAGGCGAAAGAAGGCACAGGACCAUGUGGCUUGGUCCCUUGGACAAGCUAGCUCAGGGAGGACACGAGGUGGCCGCAGGGGAACACAACCCUGUUGGGCACAGACCAUGCAAUCUGGGCUGGUCCUGGGGCCGGCUGGGCCAUGUCCUCCACCUGCUCAACCGUGCUUCCACCAACCAGAGGAAACUCAUUUACUAAUUUUUCUAAUAAAUCAAUAAUGCUCCAUGCUUCUUUUAGUUUCUUAUUUGACUAGCCUUGUUUCCCUUUGAACUGGGCUUGACAGGGCUAGCACCAGAGGGUCCAGCCAGAUUCUGGUUUUGCCUGGGAGUCUUAUGGGAUGCCUCUGCCACACCCAGGUCCUGUGCCUCACCAGAGAUCCUGGGAAGGGCUUGCUAACUCGCACAUUUGAGCACCUUGAAGGCCUGCUGCAGGGCAAAAUCAUCUCUAAGCAAAGAUCAGCCCAGGCCUCUCUCCACAGAGCUCAGGACAGCAGAAUCACCAGGACCUCUGUGCCUGGGCUCAGCUCCACAGGGGCAGAUCCACUUGAUCUAGGGGACGGGACAUAGGGACUGCCGGUUCACAAAGGCCUCUGCAGAUUAUUGGGCACCAAUGAGAACCACUGCCCUGGCCCAAGGUUCCCAGACAUAGAGAUAGCUAUGUAAGGACCUCCUGGGGACAGGGUUAGCUACAACUAAGAGUCCCCAUCAGAGUUUGGGAAAUCACAACUCAUCCCUUCCAAUUUUUAGACAACGACAAAGUACAAGUAUGGGUGAGCUAGUUAACAGCAAGGCUGGGACAAGAGCCUGGGUUGACCCUCACACCUCCAGUACACUAUGGCUACUCAGUGUCAUGUCCUGAGAUUUGCCUGGGAGGAGCCAUUUCUCUUCUCAGUGACUGCUGAAAUGACCACAGAAGAUUCAGGGAAGACAGCAGAACACAGCAUCACUGGCCUGCACUGCUGUUGCUCAAAAAGGCCAGCACUCGUCUCCGAUCUAGACAGGUGACUAGAUCACCAGUCUAACAGGUGAUCUAGCACCCUGUUAGACUCAGCAGGCCCAUGUGCAGGUUGAGUCCAUCUUCCUAGGUCAAAAGACACAGGGACCCUGCCCCUGCAGACUGUGGGAAUGCUUGUCAGACAGCGCUACCACCUGGGCCCUGUGGCCCUUCCUCCCAGGCCCCGACCAGAACAAACUAGACAAAACAAGGCUGCUCCUCCAAACCCAACUGGAACUGGGAGACGUUCUUAGCUCUUUUGAAUCAAAGACGUUUUUGAGAAUAAAAACAGAGGACCCAUCCCAAGUGCACUUGCUCUCCUCACUCAAUGUUGCAGGCCACUUUUGAAGAUACUUCUCUACGCUUAGAAUCCUUGCCUUCCAAGAUGUCUUCUGGGAACUGGAAAGGGAGAAGAGAGCAAAAGAUACCAGACAUUGGGAAAUCUGCUCACUAGAAGAGUGUUCCUUCACUUCCCAUUUUUAGUUCAACCUUGGUCCUUGAAGAAAGAGCUAAAGACUUGCAUGCGGGCCCCAUCCCAACAGGACCACAGGCUGUGGGUUGACAGAGAAGCCCAUGGGAGAAGGAGCAGAGAGCAAACUCCCACCCUCAACUCCUGCCUCCCGUGCCCGCACCC